AUGCCUCCGAAUGCGAAGGAGGACCCCCUGGAGAGGGGCUUCGACUCUCCAUGGCGGGCCUCACAGAAGAGCACCGUUGUCGCUGUGCCGGCUACGGUGAUCCCUCCCGACGAUGACGACGAGGACGGGCCCAAAGUCAUGUACACGCCGACGUUGGCCGAGAAAAUUAUUAAUAUUUUGUUGUGCCGCGGCGAUCUCGCGAACCAGCAGCUCGAAGUGAAGCCGGUGUCUGUUCCCGGAUUGUUCCGCUACUGCACAAAAUGGGACUACGUCGCGCUGACGAUCGGCAUCAUAUGCUCGAUUCUGUCAGGAAUCGCGCAGCCGACACUGGCCCUGAUCUCCGGGCGCGUCACCAACGUGCUCAUCACCUACGCGCCGACCUCGAAAGAAUUCCGCGAUAAGGCCUACGAAAACGUGUACAUUUUCAUCGGCGUCGGAGCGGCGGUUUUUGUAAUUAAUUUUAUACAGUUCAUGUGCUUUGCAUCGGUGUGCUCGCGUGUAAUUGCCCAAAUGAGACACCGCUACCUCAAGUCGAUCCUACGCCAAAAUGCCGGCUGGAUGGACAAGAAUCACUCUGGCACGCUCACUUCCAGGCUUUCAGAUGACUUGGAGCGUAUCCGCGAGGGUAUCGGCGACAAGCUGGGCCUGCUUAUCCGAGGAACCGCUAUGUACGCAGCCGCCAUGGUCAUCUCGUUCAUCUACGAGUGGCGGUUGGCCUUCUUCAUGUUGGGCGUCGCGCCGAUCACCUGUUUCUGUAUGGCCAUGAUGGCUAGGAAAAUGACGUCAACCACGAUGAAGGAAUUGGUGGGCGUCGGAAAAGCGGGUGCGAUUGCUGAAGAGUCAAUUAUGGGCGUGCGGACGGUGCAGGCCUUCAACGGCCAAGAGGAGAUGAUCGACAAGUACUCCCACGAGUUGACGAAGGGCAAGCGCUUCGCGGUGGAGAAGGGCUUCUGGAGCGGAUUUCUCGGCGGCCUGUUCUUCUGCGUGCUGUUCGCGUUCUUGGGCGCGGGCAUGUUGCUCGGUGGUCAUCUCCUGCGCGAGGGCUACGUCUCGCAACCCGGAACCGUGUUCAUCGUCGUCAUGUCCAUGUUACUCGGAGCCUACUUCCUUGGUCUCAUCUCGCCGCAGCUGAUGGUGCUCCUCAACGCUCGCGUGGCCGCGGCGAAAAUCUAUCAAAUCAUUGAAAGGGUGCCCCACAUCGACCCAUAUUCAAGCGCGGGUCUGCGGCCAAACAAAUGCGCGGGACGCGUUGUCUUCCAAAACGUGCACUUCAGAUACCCUUCCCGAAAGGAGCAAAAGAUCUUGAACGGGAUCAAUUUGGUGAUCGAACCUGGGCAGACUGUCGCGUUGGUUGGCCACAGUGGUUGCGGCAAAUCCACAAGUGUUGGACUGAUCACCCGCCUCUACGAAGCCGAAUCUGGACUCGUAACGUUAGACGGUACUGAUGUCCGCACCCUUAACAUUGAAUGGCUCAGAAAUACGGUCGGCAUUGUGCAACAGGAACCGAUCCUAUUCAACGCGACGAUUGCUGAAAAUCUGCAGAUGGGCAAGCCGGAUAUCACCCGCCAGGAGAUGGAACGAGUCUGCAAGAUGGCGAAUGCGCACGAUUUUAUUAUGAAGACACCAAAGGGCUACGACACCCUCAUUGGCGACGGCGGUGUGCAACUGUCUGGUGGUCAAAAGCAGCGCGUAGCGAUUGCCAGGACACUCGCCAGAGACCCGAAAGUCCUCCUCCUCGAUGAAGCCACUUCCGCCCUGGAUGCGAAGAGCGAGAGCAUCGUCCAGGCUGCCCUCGACAAUGCUUCAAAAGGACGAUCUACUAUCGUCAUUGCCCAUCGACUCUCAACCAUCAGGAAUGCCGACAAGAUUGUCGUCUUCGAGAAGGGCGAGAUCUUGGAGCAGGGCAACCACGAGCAACUUGUGGCCCAGCAGGGCAAGUACUACAGCCUCGUCAAGGCCCAGCAAUUCCAGCCCGAAGAAGAUCAAAUCGUUCAGGACGAGAUCGAAGAUGAGAUCGAUUUGGGUGACUCUCAAUCCCAAGGCACCCACCGCAACUCGUCGCGGAUGCAGUCGGAGACCAGAGUUUCCGGCCGUGAUCAGUUUAUCCGACAAUCCACGAUGAACAGCUCGUUCAGCGCCGGCGGGCUUGACCCGAGCGGCAUGGCCACCGAAAAUGCCGAAUUUGCAGCGGAAGUACAACGCGUCAUGGACCAGGACGAGAAGAUCACCGCCGGCUACCUGGACAUCUUCAAGAACGCCAAGGGGCAGUAUCUGAACAUGACGCUGGGCGUGAUCUGCGCCAUUUGUCGUGGCCUGGAGCUGCCUGGGUUGGCGCUGGCUUUCGGAUAUGUUUUUGAGGGCUUCCAAUUCACCCCCUACACCGACGGACGGAUGAUGCAUCGAUUGGCGCUUGGCAUCAUCGUCUACUCUGCCAUUGGAGUCGGAUGUCUCAUUUUCCAGACCUUAUCGAGCAUCCUCUUCUCGGUCGUCUCCGAAGAGUUGGCGAUGCGCUUCAGGGUGCUCUCCUUCCGCCAAAUCCUCCACCAAGAUGCCUCCUACUUUGACAACCCGGCCCACACACCCGGAAAGCUCAUCACCAGACUGGCGUCCGAUGCUCCCAACAUCAAGGCGGUCGUCGACACGAGGAUGUUGCAGUUCAUCUACGCCCUCACGGCUAUCAUUGCGAAUAUUGUGAUCGCCUUCGUGUGCGCAUGGCAGGUGGCCACGAUUGGGACAGGCCUCAUGCUCCUCCUCUGGGCGUGGAUGAUCUUCCUCGGCAAUCUCAUCAUGAAGAAGAACCUCUUCCUGAUGAAGAACAACGAGUCCGGCAGGAUCGCGAUCGAGACCAUCGAGAACGUGAAGACCAUCCAGCUGCUGACCCGGCAAGAGGCCUUCUACAAGAUGUACGAGGAGGCCAGCAAGAAGCAAAAAUACCGCGAGUUGAACAAAUGCUGGUACGAAGCGGUCAACUUCACCUUCUCGCAGUCGAUCCUCUACAUGAUGUUGGCCAUCGUGUACGCCGUCGGCAUCAGGGUCAUCUACGUGGGGGACAAGUCUUCGGAUGACGUCUUCAGGGCUAUCACCGCCAUGCUUUUGGGUACGGUAGCUGUGAUGAACUCCACCCCCUAUUUGCCCGAGUUCAUCAAGGCCAAGGCGGCGGCCGGUAUGCUGUUCAACGUCAUCGACCGCAAGCCGAAAACCGGCGACCACAUGGCCGGCGAGACCAUCACGCUCCGCGGAAACAUCCUAUUCGAAGACGUCAACUUCCGGUACCCUCAACGUCCUCAAAACCCGAUCAUGACCGGCCUCAACUUCACCGCCCAACGCGGCCAAACCGUCGCCCUGGUCGGGCCUUCCGGCUCCGGAAAAUCGACCUGUGUCUCCAUGCUGGAGCGUUUCUACGACACGAGCGGCGGGUUUGUGCGCAUCGACGGAAAAGACAUCAAGGGACUUUCGCUCCAUAAUUUGCGUACCCAGAUGGCGCUCGUCGGGCAGGAACCGAGACUUUUCAGCGGUUCCAUCAAAGAAAACGUGUGCUUCGGCCUGGGCGACGUCCCGAUGGAGAAGAUCAAGUGGGCGCUGAACAUGGCCAACGCCGACAAGUUCAUCUCACAGCUGCCGGGUGGGCUUGAUACUGAGGUCGGAGAAAAGGGCUCGCAAAUGUCUGGAGGUCAAAAGCAACGUAUCGCCAUCGCACGAGCUAUCGUCAGAGAUCCCAAGAUUCUGCUGCUCGACGAGGCCACGUCGGCGUUGGAUUCUGAGGCGGAGAAGGCCGUCCAAGAAGCCCUGGACCGAGCACGAGCUGGGCGUACCUGCGUCACAAUUGCUCAUCGGCUGUCCUCGAUUCAGAAUGCGGAUUUGAUUGUUUAUAUCGCGGACGGAAAGGUUCGCGAAUCCGGCACUCACAACCAACUGAUGGCUCGCCGCGGCAAAUACUACAAGCUCGUCAAGGAGCAGGACCUCACCUCA